CCAACGGUCGACAAGGCCGUCCCUGCUCACUGCAGAGAACGUCGAAGUCGAGAGAAACUUAUUUGCUUAACACACAUGUUCUAAUAGUUUUAGCGAACGGACGUAAAUUGCGAAGUGAUGUGUAUCGAGACUUCACAAAACCACAAAACUUAGUGAACCGCGAAAGUACUGUGAUGUGAAGAUGUGAUAAUGACAGGGAUCGAAGCAUGAUCAACGAUGUACAUCGUUAUCACCUUGCUGGUGGUGGGUUUCGCUGCAAGGUCUUUCGAAUCCUGCCCUGAAGAUUUCUGCCCUGCUUUGUGGACCAAAACAACUACACCAUCGCAAGAAAGUGAAUCCGUAUUUUUGGGGGAAGACAAAGAGAGUGGGUGCAGGUGUAGGGAAUAUCCCGGAAGGUACUCGUUUUGUUUUGGAAGAGCUACAUGUCAUGCAUUUCCAAAGAACAUCACUUUUAACACGGAUACGUUCCUGUUGAAAGCAACCCAAAUUUUUGAAAUUAAACCUGGAGAUAUGAAGUUAGUCACAGGGGUGACAACAUUACAAAUAGAAGCAAAUUUUAACCUGAGUCGUAUUGCAUCGGGGACCUUUUUGGAAAUGGUUGCGCUGAGAAAUUUAUCAAUUUCUUACAAUACGAAUUUACGAUUUUUGGAGAAAGGGUGUUUUGAUGGUUUAGUGAAUUUGGAAAAAUUGAAGCUUGUCAAAAAUGGUUUCGUGGAACUAUCAGAAGUAACCCCCUCUUUAAUUAAACUAUCAAAAUUAACUAAGCUGGAGCUGAGUGAAAAUAUCGUUAAAAAGAUCACUGAACAAGACUUUCAAUUUCUGAAGGAUAGUCCACUGGAAGAACUGCAUUUAAUUUUGUGUCAGAUUGAAGAUAUAGAACCUAAGGCCUUCAAUUCACUUAAAAAUUUGACGUCGUUACGAUUGGGGGAAAAUAAUUUUAAUACUACAACUCUUGCUCGAGUGAUAGAAGAAACAGCAGGAAAUGUGCCACUCAAGUUACUUAAUUUAUAUGCAACAGGUUUACGGAAGAGUUCCUUAAAAGAUCUACUACUAGCUAUUGCUAAGACCAGCAUUACCAGUUUGAGUUUGGCCAGAAAUCAGUUUGAAGUUAUAAGUGGCGAAACCUUCCCGAGAAUGCCCAAUUUGGAAAUUUUAGACUUGAAAGAAUCACUAGUAUUAAACAUAACAGACAACGCAUUUGUUGGUUUACCUAAUUUAAGAACUCUUUUGUUGAGUGGAAAUAAACUGGCAUCAAUACCAGAAGGUGCCCUUCUUGAGCAGCUAACAUAUCUAGAUCUACAACUAAACUCGGGCGACGCGUUCUCAGCUACAUAUUUUUCUCUUUAUGGUGAGAAAUUCGUCAAUAUGAAAAAAUUGAAAAGACUGAACUUGAGUUUCAACACAAUCCACGCACUCUAUAACACUAGUUUUAAGGGUUUGGAAAAUUUAGAGAUUCUAGCUCUUAAAAAUGCCACCAUAUAUGUUAUUGCCAAUGGGAGUUUUGCUGAUUUGCGCAAUCUGUUGUUUUUAAACCUCGAGCAUAAUCUUUUCAUGAAAAAUCAUCCAUUGGCGUUAAAUGAAGAUAUGUUUAAAGGUCUGCAAAACCUUCGUGUUCUUUUAUUAGGAGGAUGUGGUAUUACAUUCAUUGAUAGAAAAGCAAGUCCUUUUAAAAAUCUGCAAAAGUUAAGACAUUUGGGCUUAGAACAUAACAAAUUGAUUAUCCUUCCAAGUUUUGAAGUUUUGGUGAAUUUAAGAACGAUUGAUGUAUCUGGAAAUAGUCUGCAGCCUUGGCAGAUUUCAAUUUUCUACAAAAAUAGUAAUUUAAAAGAUGUGAGAAUGAGCGGAAAUAAAUUUGCCUACUUGACCAAUGCCAUGGUUGAAGAUUUCAAAAAUCUAACGCAUUUGGAAAUAAAAGACAACCCGUACACUUGUGAUUGUUCUUUAAAAUGGAACGAUGAAAGAAUAAUGAAACUAAUAGACAACGAAACCAUUUUAUGCGCCUUCCCAGACACCACAACGACUUUAACGGUGAAGGAGUUCCUCCAAAAUAACUAUCACUGCCAAAAUUGGACUCUAGUGGUUCCUCUUGUGUUUUUAAUCAUUUUUGGUGGUGUCACUAUUUUCAGCUUAUACUAUUUUCGUUGGCAUUUGAGAUACUGGCUCUUUCUGACCCGUUUGCAUUUAAGUAGGAAUCGAAAAAUCAGAAGAAAUACUGAAGUCAAAGGCUAUGUUAACUACAUGUACGAUGCUUUCGUCUCGUAUAGCAACGAAGACAGAAAUUUUGUGAUAAGGUUAGUAACAAUGCUUGAAAAUUACCCACCCUACAUUAAGCUGUGCGUGUACGAACGGGAUUUUGAAGUUGGUACUUUGAUCUCUGAGAAUGUGCUAGAGAAUGUGGCCAAAAGUCGAAAAACCCUCUUAAUUAUCAGUAACUCGUAUGCUAAAUCGCAGUGGUGUCGCUGGGAGAGCCAGAUUGCGGAGCAUCAUAGGCUCUUUUUACAGAAUGAAAAUGGAGAAUAUGUGGACGACAGUUUAAUUUUGAUAAAACUAGGACCUGUUAAUGAAACGCAUAUGACCCCUACGCUCAAGUACCUGCUCAAAACUAGAAUUUAUCUGCAAUGGGAUGUCGACGACAAAAAGCAAAAAAUCUUCUGGGAGAAGUUAAGGGAAGCUUUAGCACCACCAAAAGAAGUUAAUGAAAAUACGUAUUUGUGAUAAAAUGUGUAUACAUGCACUUGGAUUUUUUAUUUUUUACGUUUAUGGUAUUAAAAAUAAAAUGUUUGCUCUUGUAAAAACGGCCUAACUAAAUGUAUAUAUGUACAUAUAUUUUUCUAUAUAUUCUACUUUUUUUAUUUAGAAAGAGAGAUGACAAGAGGAUAAAAAAUGGAAGAGAGGUAACGUGUGGUUCAAGUAAAUGCGCCGCUGGUGUAAAUUACACUGUUAGUUUUAAAAGUGAGAUUAGUGUUAUCUAUAAAGAUGAGUGUUAAAGCAGCGACUAAAUACUUUAACAGUGUAUGUUGUAAAUAUUAUAUGCUUUCUGUAAAUCAAA